AUGUAUGUUGUUUGGAAAAAGCUCCAAAGACUCCAACAUGUUAUAAGGAAGCUAAGCAGGCCUUACAAGGGUAUUACUCAGCAAAUUGAAAAAGCUAAAGAGCAUCUCAAGGUAGAUAAAACCAAUAUUAUUAAUGAUAGGAUGAAUAUGCAUUUAAUUGAGAGAGCUAAGGCUUGCAUCAUUGAGGUUAUCAAUAUAGAGGAGCAACUUCAUAAGCAAAAAUCCAAAGUUGAGUGGCUGAGGCUGGGAGAUGGCAACAAUGCCUACUUCCAUGCCUCUUUGAAAUCCAAGAGGAAGAAAAAUAAUAUAAGAAACAUUAUGAAUGAAAUAGGUACUAUGCUUUUUGAUCAGAAAGAGAUAGAAGAGGAAGUUCGUAAGUUAUAUUCUAACUUGGUUGGCACUGCAACAACUAAUUUGAAUAACAUUGAUAUUCUGGAAAUGAGAUCUGGUAAACAAAUUACUAUUAAACAAAGUGACUUAUUGACAACUUCAAUUAUUGAGGAAGAGAUUUUCAACAAUUUAAAAGGAAUAAGUGACCUGUCAGCCCCGAGAAUAGAUGCCUUUGGUUCCAAAUUUUUUAAAGCUACCUGGGAGAUUACCAAUAAGAGGUCAUGA